UCAUGCUAUACAAACAAUCAACCAUCAUCCUGCGCCACCAAAACCACCAUGCACCUCCCUCGACUCUGCUUCGUGUUACCAUCCGAUGAUGACGAUAUUCACGACGAUCACCAUGCUAAAAAACCCGAUACUAACUACUCAAAGAAUCGCCAUUCUUGUGGCAUACACAUUAUUCCUGAUGUCCUAAAACGAGCUCUUCACAAAUUAUAUGAUGCAAAACCCGAUAUUGGUGCUUGUGGUCUAUGCCAACGUCGUACAUGGGGAAAACAAAGGUCGGGUGUAUUUCAUGACACCGAAGGAGUCCAGUUUCCUAAUGACAAAGAGUUUAAAGGGCACAGCCCGAAAACUUUCAGCUAUUCCGAGCUUUAUAUUGGGACUAAAGGGUUUAGUAAAGACGAGGUACUUGGAAGUGGCGGGUUUGGGAGAAUUUAUAGAGCGGUUUUGCCUAGUGAUGGAACCGUGGUUGCUGUUAAGUGUUUAAUGGAGACAGGGGAGAGGUUUGAGAAGACUUUUGCAGCUGAACUGGCUGCUGUGGCUAACUUACGACAUAGGAACCUUGUCCCGUUACGUGGUUGGUGUGUUUAUGAUGAUCAACUUCUUUUAGUUUAUGACUACAUGCCGAAUCGUAGCCUUGACAGGGUACUUUUUCGACGGUCUGGGGUUGUCCUUGGUUGGGAUCCAAGGGUUAAAAUAGUAAAAGGUCUUGCAAAAGCUUUAUACUAUUUACAUGAACAGUUGGAGGUUCAGAUUAUACAUCGUGAUGUUAAAACGAGUAACGUGAUGCUUGAUUCUCGUUUCAAUGCGAGAUUAGGUGAUUUCGGGUUGGCUAGAUUGGUAGAACAUGAACUUAAGUAUCAAAUAACAACGGUUUCAGGGGAAAACCACAAGUUUAGCGCGGUAGACACUACGAGAAUUGGUGGGACUAUUGGAUACUUGUCACCAGAGAGUUUCCAAAAAGGAGGCGUCGCAACUGCGAAAUCAGAUGUUUUUAGCUUUGGAAUUGUAUUGCUUGAGAUUGCUUCAGGAAGAAAAGCAGUUGAUCUUACAUUUCCAGAAGAAAAGAUCAUUUUACUUGAUUGGGUUAGAAACUUGGCAGAUGAGAAAAUGAUCUUAAAAGCUGUUGAUCGUAGGUUAAAAGACGGAUCAUAUAAGCAACACGAUAUGGAACAUUUGAUCCGUAUUGGAUUGCUAUGCACGCUUCAUGAUCCGUCCUCUCGACCAAACAUGAAAUGGGUAUUGGAAUCAUUUUUCAAUAACACAUGUGGGAUGCUACUACCCGAGCUUCCCUCUUUCAAAACACACCCGCGAUACAUCUCAAUAUCACCAGGAUUUAGUAGCAGUACUACCAUUAGCAUGAACACUAGCACACCAUUAUCGGCCACAACCACCACUACUGUGACCAAUGCUAUCAUUUCAGGGAACUCAACAAUCUACUACAGUGCCAGGGCGGAAAGCGUGGAUGUAAGCACAGAGCUCGGAUACAGUGGGAGCGAUGACAUGAUCUCGAGCAUGAUCUCAACUUCUCGUUUGAGUCGUCGUCAGUCAAAAGUAUUCCCCAUGGUCCAACCGCCACACGAGAUAACAUACAAGGAGAUCAUUGCAGCCACUGAUAACUUCUCGGAUUCUAACAGGCUAGCUGAGCUCGACUUUGGAACCUCCUACUAUGGGGUUCUUGACAACCAAGACAUAAUUGUAAAAAGGCUUGGGAUGAAGACAUGCCCAGCACUACGGACGAGGUUCUCAAAUGAGCUCUCAAACAUGGGUAGACUAUGCCAUAGGAACCUUGUACAGCUGCACGGCUGGUGCACUGAGCAAGGUGAGAUGCUUGUGGUCUACAACUAUUCGGCUAACAGAAUGUUAAGCCAGUUGUUGAACCCUCAUAGCCAUCGAAAAUCACAACCCGUGCUUGAAUGGGCUCACCGGUACCAAAUAGUGAAGUCACUUGCCAGUGCAGUUCAGUAUCUUCACUGUGGAUGGGAGGAGCAAGUAAUCCACAGAAAUAUUACUUCUUCUGCUAUUGGUAUCGAGCCUGAUAUGAACCCCAGGCUCGGGUCAUUUGCAUUAGCAAAGUUUUUAACAAGAAAAGAGCACGACCAUCAUGUGGACGUCAACGCUGAUAGAUCAGUACAUGGGAUUUUCGGGUAUAUGGCACCAGAAUAUAUGGAAUCAGGGGAAGCCACUACAAUGGCAGAUGUUUACAGCUUUGGUGUAGUGGUGCUAGAGGUAGUGAGUGGCCAGAUGGCAGUGGAUUUCCGACGGCCUGGGGUGUUAUUAGUGAAAAGAGCCCAUGAAUUUCAGACUCAGAAAAGGGAUUAUAAAGAUGCAGUGGAUCCUAAACUAGAUGGAGAAUAUGAUCACAAAGAAAUGGUUAGACUUGUGAGGUUAGCCAUGGCUUGUACACGGUCAAAUCCGGAUUUGAGACCAACCAUGAGUGAGGUUGUCAGUAUACUCGAAGGUCAUGAUAAAUGUCUCGUGGAACUAAUGCACAAGAAGGAGAACAAGGAAGAAUGGAAAGAAAGAAAUGAUUCAUUGUUGUCAUUAGUUAGAAGAGUUCAAGCUUUAGGAAUACAGUAAAUCAAACCACAACUUUAGUAGUUAUUUAAGGUUUUGUAAAAAUAAUAUACAGAUAUGUAUGAAGAUAGAAACAAUUUUAUGAA